AUGUACUUAGGUUUAAUCGACGAAAGCGAAACGGCGGAGCAAGCAGCUAUACGUGAAUUACAUGAGGAGACUGGAUACAAAGCCACUCGUACUCUACAAAUAUCUCCCGUAGUGGUAUCCGAUCCUGGCAUGACAAAUGCGAACAUGCAACUUGUCGUGGUGAGCGUAGAUAUGGAUGACCAGUUGGAGAUUCCCGACCCGAAACUGGAAGCUGGAGAGUUCAUUGUUACAAAGGUGGUAGAAUUGGCGGAACUGAAGGCAACGCUGGAAAACUACGACAAAGAGGUGCGGUUGGUGGUUCAUGAAACCAUGUCUCUUUGA